CAGAGUGAGGCAGAGUGCGCACAAAUGAGAUAAGAAAAUAAAUAGACUCUGUAAUCAAUUACUUGAAGAUGUUAAAAUGGUAGGGCAGAUGGUUUGGUUAGUCAUUUAAUGAGAGACAUUCGUCGUGGAUUGUAAAGUGUAGAAUGUGGUGGACUUUAGUGCUCCUUCUGAUAAACUCCGCGAAAUUUUCGUGGUGUAGUGGCGGUAGCAAUGGCAAGAGACUCGCCGAGCAUCCUUUACCGAGAUCUCUUCCUGAAUCAAAGCUAAACGACUUGGCCCAGAGAACAGAUUACGAUGCCUUCUACAGCGAUACUUUCAUGAAAGGACUUUACCACGUCCGAUACCCAGGAACACAGGGGCAUCAUAAAGUAAAAAUGUUUAUAAAGAAAGCAUUUGAAGACCUCAACUGGACAGUCACAUUGGACGAAUUUGAUGCUCCUACUCCUUAUGGUACUAAGCGCUUCACCAAUGUGGUCGCCACCCUUAAACCCAAUGCAAAAAGAAGGCUAAUGCUAGCUGCACAUUAUGACUCCAAAUACAUGCGUGACAGAUACUUUCUUGGUGCCACAGAUUCAGCAAUGCCUUGUGCAAUGUUAAUUGAAAUUGCCAGAAUUGUCACCCCUUUCUUCAAGGCACGGGAACAGCAAAAAGGGAACGUUCAUGCAGAUGAGGAUGAGCAAUCAGACACAACAUUGCAAAUGGUUUUCUUUGAUGGUGAAGAAGCAUGGGUUGAGUGGAGUUCAACAGACUCACUUUACGGCUCUCGACAUCUUGCAGAGAUGUGGAGCAAUACGUCUCACCCACCAGAUUCAAAUACUACAAUGAUAGACACAAUUAAUGCCAUGGUACUAUUAGAUCUGAUUGGUGCCGCUAACCCAGUGUUUUAUAACACUUUCAGAGAAACAAAUGAUUUAUUUGAGAGAUUACAGAUGAUUGAACGUCGCCUACUGAGCAACCAGCAGAUACAUAUACCACCCAACACCCAACAACCAUAUUUCAUUCAAGGGCUAAUGGACAGAAGAUAUCUUGUAGAAGACGAUCACAUACCUUUCCUACGAAGAAAUGUUAAAAUACUGCACUUGAUAUCACUGCCAUUCCCACCAUGUUGGCAUAAGGACUGUGAUGCUCACGAAAGUAUUGACGAUGAAGUUGUGAAGGACUUACUUAAAAUCUUUCAAGUAUUUGUGGUGGAAUAUUUUGGUCUUUCAGUGGUAUAAUGUAAGGAAAGUAUUGCUUGUGUAGCAACCAUUUUGACUUAAAGUUCAGGAGCACUUCAUGGUAUCAUUCAUCCCACAAAA